AUGGCUCUAACCCUCCCUCCAGAAAUUAUCUGCUCUAUUCUCCUGGAACUUGCUCCUUUUGAGGAUGACCACGACACGUAUCAUCAGGACUCGCACCCGCAGAUAACUCCCUGCGUUGGCUGGCUCGCUGCCUCUCAAGUCUGCCGCAAAUGGCGCAAUACGGCGCUCGGGUUCUCCAAGUUAUGGGCGGAAAACCUAUGCGCCUUCGCCUCCAACAACCUCACGGAUUGCUUCCUCGAACGCGCGAAAUCGUCACUACUCGUUUUCGGUUUCGGACAAAAGUUGACCGAUCAUCAGAUCAGCCUCGCGAUUGAACGGCUGUCCCAAGUCAAGGUGCUUGAGCUUGGAAGAGCUCCGUUGACCUCUCUCGUAACAGCGCUCGGCAAUUGCCCGCUGUCACAACUCCAGAUAUUGCGGUUGAGGCGUUGGGAGGGCGCUGGGGAUAGCUUGGUGGUAGAUCUAUACCUGAAGGCGCCGGUGCUUCGCGAGCUGUACCUCGACAGCGUUCUCUUCCCGGUCGAGGCACCCCUCCUGCGCGUUUUCUGCGUGACGGCUAGGCCAAGGAGGUACAGAGACCGCUUCGACUACAGCUCUUCGACCGGGGUAAUCCUCGCAGCCUUGAAGGGCUUCCCACUACUUAAAGCGCUUACGCUCCGCGGCCUGCAUGCGUUUGCGCCGGAGGACCCAUCGGUAUCUGCCACACAGAAAAGGGCGGUGCUCGAGCUCCCGCACCUACGACGCGUGCGCUUGAUAGAUAAAGAAAACGACUUCGAGCUAUACAAUCUUCUACGCGCCGCGCCGAAUGCGGAUGUUGGUAUCACCGUCGGCCCAUACACUCCCGCCAACCAUCUCCCCAGCGUGUUUGCUGUGAUGGAGCCUCAUAUGCGUGUGCAGGCGUAUGAUACCCUCGCGGUGUACGAAGAGGAAGAUAGAAAUGACACGCUUGUCGGAAUCCGUCUGCGCCCAUCGGCUUCUUCACGCUUACGCGACGAUGACGAGGGAGCACCGGAGUUCGCGUUGGACGCAACAAUCUGUCCUGGGCCUGAGCCCCAGCUCAGCGCGUUGGGCAUCGUUGAACUAUUGAAACCGCACCUGGACUUGACCAAGAUACGAUACCUGGAUUUGGGGGAAAUCGGUACGGAGGGAUACGUGCAGAUUAGCCCGCAAGGGUUGCGUGAGACGCUUAAGCCCUUCGUGAACGUCACGACGUUGAGGAUCAACGGGGAGUUGAGAUGCGCGGGAGCUCAUCUACGCGCGCUGUGGGCAGACAAAACAGAGAAGAUGGUACUUCCUGCGCUGCGCAAUCUAGUGGUGCACGAUCUUACGGGCGCCCGCAAGAUGUCGCUCAGCGGCCUGGGUGAGGCUUGGGCGGACUUGCAUCGAAUCCUGCAGGAGCGUCCCAUCGAUACCUUGGCGUUGACGGGGUCGGAAAAGUACGCGGAAGACGUUCAGAGUAUACUCUUUACGAUCAUGGACAUGGAGAUGGGCGAUGGGAAAUAUCUUCAGGAGGCGGAAGGGCUGGUGAAGGAGGUGGUCGAUUCGCGCGGGUUGUCGCAGCAAGGUUGGGAGUACUUUGCCGGUCUCUAG